AGUAGCGCGCAGGGAAACGGUCUUGGAGAGACCAGGGUCAUUCCCAUCACUCUCCGCCGGCAAGUCGGACCGCAGACACAUCGCAGGGUGACUGCGUGAAGGAUGAGCCCAAAAAGAAAAGCAUAAGGAGCGAUAAAACACCUGGGGACCCCUGACAGCGGGGGGGUGGGGGGGAGACAUGACUGACUUCCCAUGGAGGGGAGCGCAAGGAGGCUGAGCUCCUUCCCUUUCACUCCUCACCAAGAUACAAGUUGGAUGUACGCCGAGGAGAUGUGGAUCUUUGGAGGACUGGAUAUUUUCGUUUGCCCGCUUAAUUAGCGGAGUUGAUUUUGGAUUGACUUCAACCAGCACAAGACUUUGCCGCUGGUGCUGAGCUGUCCUCAUCCGCGGAGCGGAGCGCACGCUGGCGCAAUAUUAAGAAUAUAAACUAAGCGUCUGUUUUUAAAGACUUCAACACGGGGAGUGCACAGCCAUAGAUCAUUCAGGUGGGUGGCCAUAACAACUCUUGAAUGUGUUUUUAAAAGCUUACCAGUCGUCUUUUUGCCGUGUGCACACGCAUGGACUCACACCUGGAUUACAGCGACAUGGAAGCAUGAAAAAGGAGCUGAGAUUUGAAUGCGCUUCUGAGACAUUGAUCACGCAUCCCUCUGUUUUCUAAAUGAACUGUUGAGACUUUUCAAUGCUGUUUCCAGCCUCCUUUUUUCUGUUGGCUCAACGCUCAGGUGGAAAUGUUCUUACACGGUGCCAUGAACCGACAGGGAGCUCCAUUCAUACAAAUGAAAAUAAAAUAAAUAAAAUAGAAAACAGCACCUAUAGCAGCCCGGGGUGGACCAGCGCCAAUGCAGGCACCAGUAUAAUCACACAGACACGCCUCGAGGAUCAUUAAGCAAAUCAGAUAAACGCAACGCGAAAUCCAUCAAUACAAGUUAUUGAUGAGGUGGUAUAUAAGUCUAAUGAUUGGCCAAGCUUCUGUUUACUCAAUAGCUCGGCAACAAUAUGCUGUGAAACUUUGGCUGAGGGCUUGACAGCUGUGGCAAACAGGGAGAGGAGCAAACGAUGACUUUUCAUUAAAUAUCCUUUUUACUGCAGCCUUUUUUUUUUUUUCACCUUGCAGUCGCUUUUUGAGAAAAUAAUUGGAGAGAACCGCUGGAAUAUUCGUCCCUAUUUCCUCAGUAGAAUGUCUGCUGCCUGUACAGCUGCUGCAGGAAUCUAUCGACCAGGAAUUUUUGUGGGGAAAAUUUCGGAAAAGAUAUUUCAGAAAUAUUUAUAGCAACUGUUCUGCAAGGAUGGUGGUGGUGACGAGGAGCCUAUGGAUGACCCAGUCUGUGGGCGAGCUGGUGCCGAGACAGUUGACCUCUCCGCCAGCUACGCUGUCCGUCUAAAACUCUUCCCCAGAGAGGCGCAGCUGCUGCGGGCUGGGGAUGUGAUGGGGUGACUGUUGACACCCCCCUCACCCACCCCCUCUCUCACUUUAUUAGCAGUGUAACAUAAACAAUGGAUCAGAAUUACUCAACGGUUCAAGACGGCAAGCAGCUGCUAGCAGAGAGAGACUCGUCCAAACGCGUGCUGACAGGCUGCUUCCUCUCCCUCCUCAUCUUCACAACGCUGCUAGGCAACACACUUGUGUGCGCCGCUGUCACCAAGUUUCGACACCUCAGGUCAAAGGUUACCAACUUUUUCGUCAUCUCUCUGGCCAUCUCUGACCUUCUGGUGGCUAUCCUGGUAAUGCCAUGGAAGGCGGCGACAGAGAUCGUGGGGUUCUGGCCGUUUGGCGCCUUCUGCAAUGUCUGGGUGGCGUUUGACAUAAUGUGCUCCACUGCCUCCAUCUUGAACCUGUGUGUGAUUAGUGUCGACCGUUACUGGGCCAUCUCGAGCCCGUUCCGCUAUGAACGCAAGAUGACCCCUAAAGUGGCGUGCCUGAUGAUCAGCGUGGCAUGGACCCUGUCCGUCCUCAUCUCCUUCAUUCCUGUGCAGCUUAACUGGCACAAAGCUCAGACCACUAGCUACGCAGAGCUAAAUGGAACUUAUCCCGGCGAUCUUCCCCCUGACAACUGUGACUCCAGCCUUAAUCGGACUUACGCCAUCUCCUCCUCCCUUAUCAGCUUCUACAUCCCUGUGGCUAUUAUGAUCGUCACCUAUACCCGGAUCUACCGCAUUGCCCAGAUACAGAUACGGAGAAUAUCUGCCCUGGAGCGGGCAGCAGAGAGUGCCAAAAACCGCCACAGCAGCAUGGGGAACAGCUCGUCCAUAGAGAGCGAGAGCUCAUUCAAAAUGUCGUUCAAACGAGAAACCAAAGUCUUAAAGACACUCUCAGUCAUCAUGGGGGUGUUUGUGUGCUGCUGGUUGCCCUUCUUCAUCCUUAACUGCAUGGUUCCGUUCUGUGAGCCCAACUUGCCAGAUGGUGCCACGGACUUCCUCUGUAUCAGCCCCACCACCUUUGACGUGUUCGUGUGGUUUGGCUGGGCUAACUCCUCGCUCAACCCCAUCAUCUAUGCCUUCAACGCUGACUUCCGCAAGGCCUUCUCCAUCCUCCUGGGCUGCCACCGCCUAUGCCCAGGGAGCAACGCCAUCGAGAUCGUCAGUAUAAACAACAACAUGGGUGCCCCUACCUCGAACCCAAACUGCCAGUAUCAGCCCAAGAGUCACAUCCCAAAGGAGGGCAUCCAUUCUGCCAACUACGUGAUUCCACACAGCAUCCUGUGUCAGGAGGAGGAGUUACAGAAGAAGGACGGAUGUGGGGGAGAGAUCGAGGUAGGGACUGUAAACAACGCCCCGGAGAUACUGUCCCCAGCCAUCUCUGGGAAUUUAGACAGCGACACUGAGGUCACGCUGGAAAAGAUCAAUCCCAUAACGCAGAACGGACAGCAUAAAGCUGUGUCAUGUUGAGCAAAGGCAAAGAUAGAUUGGAGUACACCGAGGCAUGUAUGUAUACACAAGGGGAAGCGAUGAGCUUAAAUGGAAGGACAGCAAAGAGAAACAAAUGAGACAGACAUCUCUAAGAAUAUGCCUGAAACAGUAAAGGGGGACAGGACGUCAAGACUGUCGACAAAAAUCCACAUGGAAAAACCUACAGAAUGUUUAAAAGUAAAGGCACUUUAUCCUGGAUAUAACUAUCUGCAAAAUACGCUCAGCAUUUAUUGAUGAAAUUGACACAUUUGAUGAUAAAUGUUGAAAAUGUGAAUAUUUAAGCAGAACACUCGCUAUGUGCACAUGUAUACAUUUUUUAACAGUAUUCCGAGAAAGAUGUGUAUAUCUGCACGUGCAUUACUGUACAGUACUGACACUGUCCUGGGAGGACUUCAACACAGUAUAUACAGUCGAGCAAGAUGUAGUAACCAUUAGAACAAAUGUCUUGUUGGUUUAGGUGCUUUAUAUGUGUUUCAUGGAAGCGAGAACAAUGUUGGUGAACUGGUUUUGGUACGGUAUAAUUCGAUGUUUUUUUUGCAGUAAUUUCUCUUCAGUACCUUUCUAUGGAUGAUUUUGUUGCAAAACCGAAUCACCUGUAUCGCAGUUGUUAUUUAUUCUUUUAAAGAUGACUUCAAACACCAAAGUUACAAUGUUCUGAUCCAAACUAAAACAGGUGGGAUGCACGUGAUGGAGUUCUUCACCUUAAGCCAAGAUAUUUCAUUUUUACACCCCCCCUUUAACCCCCUAUUAUUUUCUGGAUCCAAAUCCUUAUUGAGCUCGAAAUGUCCAGGGUCUGACAGAUGUGUGUUAGAGACAGAAACAAAGAGUGGAGCAUAAAACGAGAUGCUCCUCUAAGGUCAACUCUCCCUCCUCUGUAGUCUAUUCUGAGCCGUCCUUGGUCAUCUCCACCUGGGACCGACCGGACGGGCUCACCUGAACUUUUCUCCAUUUCCCUUCCUCGCUCCCUCACUUCAUUAGCUUUGUCCCCCUCAUCUGCUUCUCUUCUGCUAACCAUCUCUGGAGGCCUCUCCUCCGCUCUGUCAGCAAAGCCCCGUUCUCCCUCCUCCUGAUCUUUUUUCCUCACCAUUCUCAAAGUCUUCUCUCUUCCUCCUCCUCCUCUUCCUCACCACUUCCUCAGUCAGCACGGCCCUUUACACCUGCGCCAAGUUUUCCUUUAAUGUUUUCUUUCUCUCUUUCGGGCCUGCUCCCUCCUCUCUCGCUCCCCUGGCAGCCCUCCAUUUUAAGUCCCUACUCUGCCCACUUAAAGCGGCACUAAUGAUUCUAUUUUUGGCGAAGGCCGUCGGUACGUAAUUAAAAAAGAAUGUAAAUCUGUACACAUCUUAACUUCCGCACUUGGACGGAGGAAGCAGAGCAGCAGCAGCAGCAGCAGAGUUUGCUCAGCUGGAAUCCAAAUGACACUUAGUGACCUUCUGCAAACUUGCAGAUAUCUGAUUUUGUAAAUUGCUCAUGCUGGAAUCCAUGCUGUGCUGUGGUGGGGACGUGGAGCAUGCAGUGUGACGGCUCUGUUUGCAGGGAGUCGAGGGUAAAACUUCAUCAUGAUGAGGAACACCUUGAAGAUAAUGGACAUAUUUGUAUUGAUUCUCCUCACCCAGAGAUUUGUCUUUGCCCAGUCGCAUUUAAAAAAUAAGGACGCGGCACUAAAAGAUAUGAUUACCAUGUACAGAAAGUGUUGACGUUAGAAUAAAGUUGUUAAGAAAAGGCAGUUUUGAGUAAGGUACUCCUUAUUAUGAAUGAAUGUACCUGCCACAGAUUUGCUGUAAAACUACUGCUGUCUGAUACAUUUCAAUAAUAUAGUUUUCAACACUUUGCAUUGCUUAUACUUACUUCUACCCUGUGCACUGAUGAAAUUGAUAUUCAAAACAUUCAAAUUUGAGUUUGAGUUAAAAGUCAGACAACUUAGCAUUUGCUAUGUGGACAACUGAAAAUGACAUAAUAAUUGUCUAAAACAGCCAAGCAGUAGAAAUAUUUUUAAAUUGAUGUCAGAUUUUGGAACAUAAUCUAACAUUAGCCACCGUAAGCUACUGGUCAACAAAACGAGAACAUCUAUUGAAGACACAUUUGUUAUACCUUCUUUCAUUUGUUAGUCAAUUUUAUGUGUUUGUGGCCAUUGUAAUGGACGAUUUCAAGACUUUUUCAUCGCUUACUAAAUAAUUUGAACCAGAAUUUAUAUUUUCAAAGACAUACAAUAUGAAAAUUUCAUGGUUUUUCGUAGCUUGAAGGAAAUUAAAGUGUAUAUUUUUUCAGAGCUUAAGUAAAUGCAAAGUCAAUGCAUGUUGAGCAUAACUGUCUGGACUGGACACUGUCGGCGUUCUGGUUUAAGUCUCUGCCAUUGUUAGUCGGGCGUCCACCCUGUGCUGUGUUUGUCCAUGAAGGCGUGAAACUAUUGCUCGUCAGGGAAGGGAAGAACGAAUCCGAUAGAAAGCAAUUGGUCUUGAACGAAGCAUUUGAUUUUCCUGCUGUGGAAAAUCCAAUGCUAUCUAGAUGGCAACGGAGCGGGGGAAAGCUUUUAGCUCAAUACAUGGCUCGGCCAGUGACACAGAAGCAACUCAUUGUCCUCUCUGCCUCCAUGUCCUCUGCCCCUGCCAUUUGCUGCUCUCUAUCACUUCAAAAACCAAUAUUUGUGAACUGGAAUAAGUUGUUUAUAUUUUUUUUAUUAUGAAUUAAUUACAUUUUCCAAGUAUUGAAAUUUCUAUUACCACUGCCGCAUUACACCCCAAGUGCUGCCAAUUGCCUCUUAGAAAUUCUCGACCAUAUCAGCUCAACGGCCUCUCCAUUUUCACCCUUCACCAGCUCCUCCCCAAUUAUUCCAAAACACAAGCCGUCUCGAACAGGCAAUGAACUGUGGACUGCACAUAAUCUGUCAGGAUCGGACAUGGGAGAGAACUGCCUUGAGGAAGAUUUGUUCCUCCCCUUCUCCCUCCGCCUCCGCACUCUAUCCUCCUAUCCCUUUUUCUCUUUCUCUUGGCUGCCUCUGUCGACUUGAUGAGCGUUCCCAAUGUUAACACAGAUUGAAUUUAUUAUUAAACAGACAGGGCCUACCGCUCCAUUGCCGUAGUUCCGAGUCAGAGCACCGAAUCAAAGCCCCACCUGGCUGUGUUUUCAUUAUUGUUCUUAUGUUAUUGCUGUUGCCAAAAUCUUUCUUUUUUGGCUGAAUGUGGCUGUACUGUAGCUUAUACUGUGAGUUAACCAGUGUUUUAUAAGCCGAAGU